CUUUGUAUUCGGCUCGUUAGAGUAAAAGUGUUUUGUGGUAUUCGGGUUUUUGAUUUUUGAGCAAUAUUUGUAUUUCGAUAUUUUUUAUGUUAUCUACUUUUGUUUUUGUCACUCAAAUUGAUGAUCAUUUCAGUGUUCACUGUUCAAUACAGUGUCUUGUGACUUGUGCAGGCUGUGCCUAUUUACUAUUUAAAAAUUUGCACUUUAAUGGCACAUUUAAUUUGGCUCUAAGAACAUAAAAACUUAUGUGCUAUUAUUACUUAAUAGUCAGUAAAUAAUGAAUGCGACUGCUGCUACAGCUUCAGCUACAACUGCUACUCUCGAUGAGGAUUUAGAUGAUUGUGGACCGCAAUUGAUUAACAAGCUAGAGGGUAAUGGUAUAACAUCAGGUGAUAUAAAAAAGCUUGAAGAAGCUGGAUAUCACACAGUGGAAUCGGUUGCUUAUGCACCUAAGAAAUGGCUAAUCACAAUUAAAGGAAUAUCUGAAGCAAAAGCAGAUAAAAUCCUAUCGGAAGCUUCAAAGUUGGUUCCUAUGGGAUUCACUACUGCUACGGAAUUCCAUCAAAAAAGGGCAGAAAUAAUUCAACUGACUACUGGCUCCAAAGAGUUAGACAGAUUGCUCGGAGGUGGUGUUGAAACUGGUUCAAUAACUGAAAUAUUUGGUGAAUUUAGAACAGGAAAGACUCAGCUCUGUCACACAUUAGCUGUCACAUGCCAGUUACCAAUAGAACAAUCUGGUGGUGAAGGGAAAUGUAUGUACAUAGACACAGAAGGUACGUUCAGACCGGAGCGGCUGCUGGCUGUGGCUCAGCGCUACGGUAUGGAGGGUGCGGCCGUGCUUGACAAUGUGGCUUAUGCCAGAGCUUACAACACAGACCACCAGACCCAACUGCUGGUGCAAGCCUGUGCUAUGAUGGCGGAAUCAAGGUAUUCUCUGCUAAUAGUGGACAGUGUGACAGCUCUGUACAGGACCGACUACUCCGGGAGGGGAGAGUUGAAUCCGCGACAACAGCACCUCGGCAGGUUCAUGAGGAUGCUGCUCCGGUUGGCUGACGAGUUUGGAGUAGCAGUGAUCAUAACGAACCAGGUGGUAGCACAGGUAGAUGCUGUAGGGGUGUUCAACGCUGACACAAAGAAGCCCAUAGGUGGUCAUAUACUGGCCCAUGCCUCUACCACAAGACUGUACCUACGGAAGGGACGAGGUGAUAACAGAGUGUGCAAAAUAUAUGACAGUCCAUGCUUACCGGAGACUGAAGCCAUGUUCGCUAUAAGUACAGAGGGUAUUGUAGAUGCUAAGGAAUGAGGAGUUUAAUUUAGCUUUAAUAAAUUAGUUACUAUAAAGAUUCAAAUAAGGGCUGCCAUAAGCCGACUUCAGUCGGACAAAUAGACAGUAAAGUAUAUCACAGUUUUGCAAAACAUACGGUACAAUAAUUAGCAACAAACCAAACAGUCAUAAUAGUAGGUACACUUCACAUAAACAGACUUACGAUUAUUAUUUAUAGGAACGUAGUGUUCCCGGUAUGCGCGUGCAACAUAACCGCCUCGCGAGAUAGUUAUUCUCUAACUACCCGCACACCCGCUAAACUUACGACCGGAGCUAAGACGAAUACCAAAUCAUCGUCCAUACUCGCUUCUUGUACAUCUUCGACAUAUAUACAGGUGUAGAGACAAUGGCGACAAUAAAUGAACACACUGGUAGACUACUGAAGUGUAAUUAUAAAAAAAUAAAAUUAUUCAUUUAAACUAUUUAUAGAUAAGGUUAUAAGUGUUUGUACUUACAUGAAUGAGAAAAGCGUGGAUUGCGUAUAUCCUACGCACACUAAGUACGUAAUACUUUUAUAAAUAUCACAAAAUGCUUUAAACAUUAAAAUAUGAAUUAUUUGUUAUUUUUAAAGUGAUGACCCUCACUUCUGGGACUAAUUAUACGAAUUAAAUUUGAAAACAAAAUUUAUGAACGAUACUCUCGCGUUACGUGCCAGCGCUCUUCCACUGAGCCAACCGUUCAACUCUCAAGUUGUGGCUUCAGUUGACUUAGUUUACUCGAAAGGUUGGUUGAGUCCCGCAUAGUUCAUAAAUUUUGUUAUCAAAUUUAAUUUGUGGUAAAUUCAAAUAUGUCUUAGUGCUAUUUAAAUUAUUGGAACAAUGGCAGCCCUUUAAAUCAGUACACAUAACUAGCUAACGAAGAGUAAGUAACUAGAUAUGGAAGAAUGGCUUAAAUAUCAAAUGAAUAUCUCAAUAUAAACUUAAAUAUAAAAACUUCACAACAGAUUUGUCAUUAGUGAACUUGACUCUGGCACGAGACAUUCUCUGCCAGUCUCGUACUAAAGAAAACUUAAAUCAUUUUUAUAUUCAACGUAAUCGUUCAUCAUUGAGAAUAAACAGUAUUUCUUUUCUUUUUUACCUGUUGUAGAAAUAAGUGUUAUUCAUUUAUGCGGUGGAUGGCAAAGCUUAACUUGUGAAAUUUAAUUUAUAACAAGAGUUGAAUGACUUAAAUGAGAUAUCCUAUAUAAUUUUCGACCCACUCUUUGUUUGUUUAAGUCAGAAAAUGUCUAAGAUCAAUAUAGCCGCACCGACAAACAUUUAAGAUUGAUUUCUCAUAUUAGUGACUAAUUUGACGUAUUUUAAAAUUAAAAAGUUCAACGGUUUUUGUAAAUCUACACUUUACCUGUGUUAUUAAUACCCAGUGUAAAGCUAUUCCAAAUUUAAAACUAUUUCUCUCUUAUUAAUAAACGCAGUGAAAAGUAACUCCAACUAUCCAUAUGUAUCUACGAAACUCUGGCACCAAUCUCGUGCCAGAGUUUGGCGAGUCAACAUCUCGUGAGGAUGCCUCGUGUAGAGGCGAAACAUGUGUCGAAUUGUUUGAAGACAAAUAUUUCCGGAAUUAGCACUGAAAAAAUCAAAACAUUUGGAUAAUUAUGGAUUUCCGUAAAAUAACGCCUACUUAACUCCCAAAUUUCAAACUUUUUGUCUUCAUCCUACCUUUGUCACUACAGAAUGACAGUGAGGAGUUAUUUUAAUCUUUGGGUUACUUUUUGUUGCAUUUAUUUAUAAGAUAGUACGCGUUUCAAACUCGACAGAUAAUAGAAUUGAAUUAUAUUUAUUUAAAAUAGGGAGUGACAAUAACUAAAUGUGAUGAAUCUACAUAGAGAAUCAAAUAUUUUUUAUGUCUAUCCAUGGCACAAAAUUACAUGCUUUUUAUUAUAUAGGUAUUUAGAUUUAAGUGACGCCGGGAGCGCUGACGUUAAAUGUAUGAAAUAUUGACAGUUGUAUAAACAGAAAUAUUGACUGGUUGGUAGCACUGAAUUUUAAAUUCAUACAUUUUUUCACCAUAAUAAAAUACUGUAAAAAUCCUGCUUUGGGUCUAGUACCUUCAUAUUAUUAACUAGAUUAGAGAAAAAAUAUCUAAUAUUUUUUUCAUAUUAUGUGCGAGUAUUUCAUAGAAAUAAAGUUUUGUUUGAAGCAUUCAAAAAAAUAAACAAUUUUCGUUUAAUGCCCUAUAGAAUCCUCUUAAAUAAGAAUAAAACUAUUAAUUCGGAUUCAAAAUUUAGUAAAAUUUCCACAAUAAUAAUGACCAAUGUCAGGGGAUUCGUUUUAAGCGAUGUAACUUAACACAGUUCUGCCAACAUAAAUAUGAAUAGUUUCCUGACACAAUCAUAAUAUAUAAUAUUCAUAUGAUACUCAUUGAAAAAACCAUCAAUUCUCUACACUAGUACUCAUUUUUGCUUUAGUAUACGCUAAUCUUAAUCUCAGUGACAUUCAUUUACUAUAAGUUAUUAAUAUUACUUUUUUAUUUAAUGUUAAUUUUAUUCGGCUAUAAUUAGAAAUAUUUAAAAUUAUAUGUAAAUUUAAUAAAACGAUUGAAUGUU